UAAAACUGGUGUAGCGGAAGGUUGUUAGGCUAGCCUGAAUCCCACAGCCCUCUAAUGACAUAAUCAAUGUUCACUCGACUACAGUUGUUCUCGGCGACCUUUGCCCCCACCACACGUCUGCUUCAGUGAAUGGCUAACGGGAACCAAUAGGAACAGGUAUGUCAGGGAACACUGGAAUAAAAGACCAGGAGGGGACUGCGGAUGGCUCAGAGAGCUUCUUCGGCUCUAUCAAGUUAGACAUGGAGAACAUCACGGAAGAAGAGUACCUGCGACAGCUGGAGAUUCUGAGUAACUUCACCAAGGGAAUGGAAUCCAUUGAUAUUUUACAGGACAAAACCUGGCGAACUUUCGUCAUUGCUCUGUCCGUAGUGGUCCUCGUGUUUGGCUUCCUUGGAAACUUCAUAGUGGUGUUUGUCAUCGUGAGGAACAAAAACCUGCGCACCGUAACCAACAUUUUCAUCGCUAACUUAUGCCUGUCCGACAUGAUCAUCUGCAGUUUCAACAUCCCGUUUCAGCUUCAUUACCAAAUCAGUGGACACUGGAUUUUCGGAGAAGCCUUGUGUCGCGUUGUUUUCCCGACUUUUGCAGUUCCGGUGUAUGUGUCAUCCAUAUCUAUUCUAAUGAUCGCAGUUGACCGCUACAUACUCAUUGUUUUUCCGUUUAAACGAAGGAUGACUUGUCCAAUGGCUCUUGGGAUUGUCCUCCUCAUUGGCCUGCUUUCUCUUUCACUGGCAAUACCACCAAUAGUGUUUACUCAUGUGACAGUGGAAGAUAUUCCAUUCUUACAAAUUCACAAAGUGUUUUGUGUGGAGCACUGGCCCCAACCGUCCACGAUUAAUCGCCAAGUCUACGGCACAUUGCUGUUUGUCAUACAGUUCUGUAUACCAUUGAUUGUUACCUCCAUGAUUUACAGCAAAAUCUACACAGUUCUGCAGAACAGGCCACUCAAAAAGAACGAAACACGACGGAACCACAAAACAAACAAAAUCUUAAUCUCAAUUGUUACUCUCUUCACAGUGUGCUGGCUACCUUGGCAUAUCUACAGCCUGAUAGCAGAGUUUAAUUACGACAUUGUCAAAGGCAAGUAUUUUGUCUUCUGUGAUGUGUUGUUGAAGAUGUUUGCUGUGAGCUCAGCCUGUGUGAAUCCCUUCAUGUAUGGCUGGUUGAACGACAACUUUAGAAAGGAGUUGGAUCACAUGGUGUGUAAGAUGACAAAAUCUGCAGCCAAACGGCAUGCACAGAUACGUUCCACAUUUGGGAAUACCACACUAAUGGAACAGUCUCGUACUGACUACCCAGUGACCUACACUAAUGGUACUGCUCACCAUGGGCUGGAGAAAUUGGUGAGUGGGAUGGAAGUGUGAUCUAAACCACUAAACCAAAUGUCUUUCAGUUUGCCAGACUGUGUUUCCCUGGAAAAGGAAAAAACAAGAACUUUUCCCGUGAAAAUAGAAAAACAUUCCAGCUGACAACUUAUAGUCAUUACACAUCAACACUUCUUGAAAACAACACUUGCCAAUAACUGGACCCCAGCAUCUGGGGAAUCUGUUGUAAACCCAUGUUUUUAUCCUUCCAAAGUUUAUAUUACUAAAGAAUGAAUGAAUGAAAUUUUGAGUACAAAAAAUAGCACUAUGUCAGAU